AUGGGAGCGUCUCUGCCUCCCAAAGAGGCUAACCUCUUCAAGCUCAUCGUCAAAUCAUAUGAAAGUAAACAGUAUAAGAAGGGACUGAAGGCAGCAGAUGCUAUCUUGAAGAAGUUUCCAGAGCAUGGAGAAACUUUAUCAAUGAAGGGUUUGACAUUAAAUUGCAUGGAUCGUAAAUCUGAAGCAUAUGAACUUGUCCGACUUGGCUUAAAGAAUGACCUUAAAAGCCAUGUUUGCUGGCAUGUUUAUGGCCUCCUUUACCGAUCGGACCGAGAAUAUAGGGAGGCCAUCAAAUGCUAUCGAAAUGCAUUGAGAAUAGAUCCAGACAAUAUUGAAAUACUGAGGGACUUGUCACUCUUGCAGGCUCAAAUGCGAGACCUGACAGGUUUCGUUGAGACUAGACAGCAACUUCUAUCCCUGAAACCAAAUCAUCGCAUGAAUUGGAUUGGCUUUGCCGUUGCCCACCAUUUGAACUCAAAUGGUUCAAAAGCAGUUGAAAUUCUUGAAGCAUAUGAAGGGACACUGGAAGAUGAUUAUCCCCCAGAUAAUGAACGAUGUGAGCAUGGGGAAAUGCUUUUGUAUAAGAUCUCUUUAUUAGAGGAAUGUGGUUCUCUUGAGAGAGCUCUUGAGGAGCUGCAUAAGAAAGAGUCAAAAAUUGUUGAUAAAUUGACUCUAAAAGAACAAGAGGUUUCUCUAUUAGUGAAGCUUGGUCGUCUUGAAGAAGGUGCUGAAUUGUACAAGGCAUUACUUUCUGUUAAUCCUGACAACUACAGGUAUUAUGAAGGCCUACAAAAAUGUGUGGGGCUGUGUUUGAAAAAUGACCUUUCUUCUUCUGAUAUCGAUCAAUUGGAUGCCUUAUACAAAUCACUUGGGCAGCAAUACACUUGGUCAUCUGCUGUUAAGAGGAUACCACUUGAUUUUCUCCAAGGCGACAAGUUUUGUGAAGCUGCAGAUAAUUAUAUUAGGCCCCUCCUGACCAAGGGAGUUCCUUCAUUAUUCUCAGAUCUCUCACCACUAUACGAUCAACCUGGAAAGGCAGACAUAUUGGAGAAACUCAUUCUUGAAUUUGAGCAUUCACUUAGGAUAAGUGGGGGAUACCCUAGGAGGGCAGAAAAAGAGCCUCCUUCAACACUUAUGUGGACCUUGUUUUUCUUGGCUCAGCAUUACGAUAGACGGGGACAGUAUGAUGUUGCUCUUAGUAAAAUUGACGAGGCUAUUGAGCACACUCCAACUGUGAUUGAUUUAUAUUCUGUCAAGAGCCGCAUUUUGAAGCAUGCUGGUGAUUUGGCAGCUGCUGCUACUUUGGCAGAUGAAGCUAGAUGUAUGGAUCUUGCAGAUAGAUAUAUCAACAGUGAAUGUGUCAAACGUAUGCUGCAGGCUGAUCAGGUGGCUUUGGCAGAAAAAACGGCUGUUUUGUUUACAAAAGAUGGGGAUCAGCACAACAACCUUCAUGACAUGCAGUGCAUGUGGUAUGAACUUGCUUCUGGUGAGAGUUACUUCCGUCAAGGUGAUCUGGGACGGGCUUUGAAGAAGUUUUUAGCAGUGGAGAAGCACUAUGCAGAUAUCACUGAAGACCAAUUUGACUUCCAUUCCUAUUGUUUAAGGAAAAUGACACUACGAGCUUAUGUGGCAAUGCUCAAAUUUCAAGAUCGUUUGCAUGCACAUGCAUAUUUCCACAAAGCUGCGGCUGGAGCUAUCAGAUGUUAUAUAAAAUUGUUUGAUUCUCCUUCAAAGUCGACAGCUGAAGAAGAUGAUGAAAUGUCAAAGUUGGCGCCUUCUCAGAGAAAGAAGAUGAGGCAAAAACAGAAAAAGGCAGAAGCCUGA